AUGGCAGCUAAAUCUUCUUCUUCUUCUUCGUCUGUGUCAUCCGGCUUACGCCAAGCCUUUGAUAAAUAUUCUAAAUUUGGCAAAACUCAGGCACAGUUAGCUGAUCAUAAUGAACUUCGAAUAGGUUCAGGCGGAAUACAGAAAAUGAUGAAAGAUUGCUCAUUACUAAAUUCCAAAUAUACAUCCCAAUUAUUGGAUAAUGAUAUUGCACGUGUACUUGGAAAAUUAACAACAGGAGCAGCCGAAGCUGGCGUUACUCAUUAUCCAAAAGGAACGAAAACAUUUGAAAUUAAAGGUUUUAAAUUGUUAAUUGAUCGUAUUGCGGAAUCAAAAGGUGUUGGUCAUGAUGAAAUUUUGUCUAAAAUCAACCAAAACGAAGGUCCUAGUCUUACAAAUGUAACUGAAACUGCCAAUAAAGAUAUUACACAUCGAAUGACAGAUACAUCACAAUAUACAGGCACCCAUAAGGAGCGUUUCGACGAAGAAGGCCAUGGUAAAGGAAAAGAAGGUCGCGCUGAUGAAGUUAAUACUACAGGUUAUGUACAUGGUUUUAAAGGUGGUAAUCAAUAA